AUGAUUGUCUUAUUGCUUGUAUUUAUUACAUGGGUUUCUGCUAAAAACUUUUACCAAUACACAUAUGAUCAAAAAGAUAAGAAAACAAUUGUUGGUUAUUCAAUUUACGAAACUGAUAAAUGUUAUAGAGUCUCUCUAAGUAGUUAUGAACAAAUUUCACAAAAAAAUGGAGAAACAACUGCUGAACAAGGAAAGUACUUCUUUAAUACUUUCAAAGAUAAAAAUUGUAAACAACUAGAUGAAGAGCAAAGUGAUAGCGCUCAACAAUAUACUAUUGAACAAUUAAAAACCUAUAAUAUUUUUGAAGCAGCACCUGGUGAUACUAACAAAUGCCAAGAAAUUACUGUUGAACAAUUUGGUGAUAAAGAAUGUACUGAACCAAUUCCUGCUACCAAACAAUUUGUUUGUAAUACUCCUGCUGUUGUUAGUUCUUGUGUUGCUUUCGGUAAGUUCUAUACAAAAACAUCUACUGUUCAUGGGUAUCAAGGUACAUUCUAUUAUUCUGAUCCUGAUUGUAAAAUAUUCACUGGUCUUAUUACUGAUCAAAGAAAAUGUGGUGUUUGUACUGCCUCAUCACCAA